CACAAGAUAAUGGCUCGGUCGUCAAUCACCAUGCUCAUGGUUCUAAUCUCUAUCUUGACUCUAGCCAAUGGCUCUUACCUCUACCCUCAGUUUUAUGACAUCUCAUGUCCGCAAGCUAAACACAUCGUCAGGUGUGUCGUCGAAAAAGCUGUUGCAAAAGAGGCUCGUAUGGCUGCUUCUUUGCUCAGGCUCCAUUUCCACGAUUGUUUUGUCAAGGGGUGCGAUGCUUCGAUACUUCUUGACAACAGUGGAACCAUAGUCAGCGAGAAGGGAUCCGUCCCUAACCGCAACUCAGCUCGUGGGUUUGAAGUCAUUGACGAAAUCAAAGCUGCAUUAGAGGAGGCGUGCCCCCAAACCGUCUCGUGUGCUGAUAUUAUGGCUCUGGCAGCUCGAGACUCCACCGUUCUGACUGGUGGACCAAGUUGGGAAGUCCCAUUGGGUAGAAGAGAUUCAUUAGGUGCAAGCUUGAGUGGUUCUAACCAAAAUAUUCCUGCUCCAAACAACACCUUACAGACCAUUCUUACCAAAUUUAAGCUCAAGGGUCUUGACAUUGUUGAUUUUGUAGCACUUUCUGGAAGUCACACUAUCGGAAAUGCUAGGUGUACAAGUUUCAGGCAAAGGCUAUACAACAACAUGGGUAUGGUGCAUCCCGACUUCUCGCUAGACCAAUCAUAUGACGUGGAGCUUCGCCAAAACUGCCCAAGAUCCGGCGGCGAUCAGAACCUAUUUGUCCUAGAUCCGGUGUCACCCACAAAGUUCGAUAACGGUUAUUACAAGAACUUAAUUGCUAAAAGGGGUCUUCUAAGCUCUGAUGAAAUACUUUUUACUCAAAGCCAACAAACAAUGGAGUUUGUGAAGCAGUAUGCUGAAAAUCAAGAGCUUUUCUUCCAGCAGUUUGCAAAGUCUAUGGUUAAAAUGGGAAACAUUACUCCGUUGACUGGUGAAUGUGGUCAAAUCAGAAAGACUUGCAGGAAAGUCAACGGUUAAAAAAGAGGGUAUUAUGCUAUGCUAUCAUGAUCCAAAUAUAGAAAUAACUAUGGUUUGACGUAAUAUGGUGCUUUUCAGUUUGAUAAUUCUGUCUUCUUUUCUUUAAUUAACUAUU